CCCGCCCGGGCUCUCAUACAAAGGGGCAUUCAAAUUAAGGAGGUCUAUGCGAUGACUGAAUUCUUUUGGGUCACCAAUGGAUCGGAUUAUAACGACGAGUAUAUACCGGGCAACACAGGCACUGUGGCACCGGGAUGUCAGCUCAAAGUGAUCGACUUGACCACCGGUGAGAGUCUGGGUCCGGGACGGGACGGGGAGAUCUGUAUCCGCGGAAACAAACUGUUUGUCGGAUAUCUGGACAACGAAACGGCGAAUCUGGAGGCGUUUGAUAGGGACGGGUGGUAUCACACGGGCGAUAUCGGGAGGUAUGACUUGCGGGAAAGGCUGUUCAUUGUGGACCGACUGAAAGAGGUGGUGCGCAUCGGUAUCGACAACCACUACAUCAACAUCAGUCCCGUAGAGAUCGAGCAGUUCCUACUGACCCACCCGUCCAUCGCU